AUUCAAUCGAAAAAGUUUCACACUUCGUAAGACAUUCAAGACUAAAAGUAACACCUAAAAAUGGGGUUUCUACCAACAGCCCUCCUAUCAAUAACUCUCCUUAACCUCACAAUCCUCGGCAUCCUCUUCCCGUUUCUAGGAAUAUCCAUUGUCUCGACACUCUUCGUCGUCGGAUCAUUACUCAUUUCUCUUUACACAGGAGUUUCUAUCGUCACACUCGUUUUUGAAAUCUUAUCUUGGGUAUCGGAGACAGGAGUGGUGUGGAGGGGCGUCUCGUACAGUAGGAAGGUGGAGAAGAAGGGGAAGAAGGUUAGUUGGAGUACCGAGAGGGAGGAACUGGAUGAGAAUGGGAGGAAGUGGACGAAGGUUGAUGAUGAUGCUGGGGAGUGGACGGAAGAUGAGGAUGAAGAUGAUUGCGUAGAUUAUUGUGUAGAUUGA